CCAUCCCUCGGAGAGUCGCUCCCACUCUUCGCCUUCGACGGCUCUCUACUGGCCAAGUUGUGCAUACAAGGGGAACGAAGAUGAAGAACCACGGCAUGCGAAGAGCCAGCCUCCUCCUCCUCUUGUUCAGUCUUCUUCUUCUUCUGCUGCUGCUGCUGCUGCUGAUCCUAUUUAUGGGAAUGCUUGGCAAGGAGGUCGAGCGAGGCCGUGCACCUGUCCAUGACGAGUAUGUGGGGGAAACAAGAGGGCGAGAUCUCCUGCCAACGCCGGCACGAGUGCUGGCAACGGAGCUGCUGAAAUAUAGCGGGAGCGCGUUGGGCAGUAGUGGAAGUUACGCUCCUGAGCAGCCGGCCGGCAUUGGCUUGUGUCGAAAUGGAACGACUAUGCUCCUUACAUCUUAUAACAACGUGAAAUUAGCGAGGCUUAACAAGGCAACCAUGCUGUACGAUGUGUCCGAGGAAGUCGUCUACCAGAGGCCGACCCCCACCAUCGGCAGUAUCGAGAGUAUCGCCAUUCUGGACGAGGAUCACGUGCUUGUCGUCAUUCCCGGGCGCGUUCUGAGCUUCGAUCUGAACACUAGAGAGCAGCGGCUGUUUCUUUCCAAUUCUUCAAUCUCGAUAACCAAGUCUCCCACGGAGGCAUGCGUGUAUGUUUCCGUCAAAGAGGCAAUUCACAAAAUCCCACUCCCCUCGUCCAACUCGAGCGAGGCCUUGGACACAUCCCCUUCGACGGUGUUGGCAGGUCUUAAGACGUGGUCCCCACCUUCUGGAAUAGUCGAUAGCGAGAUCGCUGCUGAGGUUAGGUUCGAGCGUCCGUGGUUCGUCGAUCGAUCAACAUCGUCUGACGGCAAGUCUCUCUACUUGAUUGAUGGCUUCUCCAAAUCGGUGGUAAGACGGAUGAACACCAUGUCGGGGGCUACUUCCUCCAUAGCCGGAAGCGAUGGAAACUUCACUUAUAAGAGCAAACCCUACGCGACGUUCUCGCCUGGGUUUGUGACGGACGUUCUGGUGACAUCGGACGGCUGCAACUUGCCUGUGGCCGAGACUCCAACGACGUCGAUGACGGGCUCCGUACAUUGGCUUAGGCUCGACAAACCUCACGGGGAAGUAAUCGAACUGAGAAGAGCUGUGGACCUCAUGGCCGACUCCAGCCCUGGGCCAGUCCAUAUCGCUCUUUCAGAGUUUGACCGUUACCUAUACCUGCAAUUGAAUGACGAGGUGCUCAAGUUUGAGGUAAACAUUUCGAGUCUCCGAUGUCCUGGCUUUUUCUCGUCAGAGAGGGUCGACGCUGCUUCUCAUUGGCUUGCUUGUAUGUAUAAUCAAGAUAGACGCACGAUUGCAAGUUUGGUCUCCAGAUAUGGAGCUCUUAUGGAUUAAUAACCUGUUUGCCGCCUCGUUUUUCGACGAAUAUAUCGUUUUCAUUUGGUGGUUUUGCUCUUUUCUUCAACGCAAGGGUGUCAUUUAUCGACCAGGGGAGUGCAGUUGUUGUUCUGGCUGCCUUUCCUUCACGAUGGAUUGCCAUGAUGCGAGAUUGCUGCGGAGAGGACAAACGCCAACCAGGGGAGUGCAGUUGUUGUUUCGGCUGCCUUUCCUUAACGCUGGAUUGUGGUGCUGGGGGAUUGCUGCGGAGGGGACAAANGCCUUUCCUUAACGCUGGAUUGUGGUGCUGGGGGAUUGCUGCGGAGGGGACAAACGCCAACCAGGGGAGUGCAGUUGUUGUUUCGGCUGCCUUUCGCUGGGAGAUUGCUGCGGAGGGGACAAACGCCUCUUUUGGGAAAACGCCCACGCCGAGA